CCUUGUUUUCUUACAGGUGCCACAAAAUAUACUGAUAAAGAUAAUGGAGGGAUGCUUGUAUGGUCUCCGUAUCAUAAUAUUCCAGAUGCCAAGUUGGAUGAAUAUAUAGCAAUAGCAAAGGAAAAACAUGGAUACAAUGUGGAACAGGCUCUCGGCAUGUUGUUCUGGCAUAAACACAAUAUUGAGAAGUCCCUUGCGGAUCUCCCUAACUUCACACCUUUUCCUGAUGAAUGGACAGUUGAAGAUAAAGUCCUAUUUGAACAAGCAUUUAGCUUCCAUGGAAAGAGCUUUCACAGGAUCCAGCAAAUGCUUCCAGACAAGACUAUUGCAAGCCUUGUAAAAUAUUACUAUUCUUGGAAAAAAACUCGCUCUAGGACAAGUUUGAUGGAUCGGCAGGCUCGAAAACUUAAAAAUUUAGCCAAUAGAAAUAAUCAAGGUGACAGUGAUGAUGACGUAGAAGAAGCUCAUCCAAUGGAUGGAAAUGAUAGUGAUUACGAUCCCAAAAAAGAAGCCAAAAAGGAGGGCAAUAACGAGCAGCCUGUUCAGACCAGCAAAAUAGGUCUGGGUAGAAGAGAGUAUCAGAGCUUGCAACAUCGCCACCAUUCUCAGCGUUCCAAAUGCCGUCCACCAAAAGGCAUGUACCUGACCCAGGAAGAUGUGAUAGCUGUUUCCUGUAGUCCCAAUGCAGCCAACACAAUUCUUAGACAGCUGGAUAUGGAACUAAUCUCAUUAAAGCGACAGGUUCAAAAUGCUAAGCAAGUAAACAGUGCACUUAAACAGAAAAUGGAAGGCGGGAUUGAAGAAUUCAAACCUCCUGAGUCUAAUCAGAAAAUCAAUGCCCGUUGGACCACAGAAGAGCAGCUUCUUGCAGUACAAGGUGUCCGAAAAUAUGGUAAAGAUUUUCAAGCUAUUGCAGAUGUAAUUGGCAACAAGACUGUUGGCCAAGUGAAGAACUUCUUUGUAAACUACAGGCGUCGGUUUAACUUAGAGGAGGUAUUGCAGGAAUGGGAAGCGGAACAAGGAACCCUGGCUUCUAAUGGUGAUGCUUCUGCUUUAGGGGAGGACACAAAAAAUACUUCUAAUGUGCCAUCAGGAAAGAGCACUGAUGAAGAAGAUGAGGUGUGUUUUGCACAAAGCACUCCGGCCACUCAGUGUUUAGGCCCUUCACCUCCAGCGCAGGCAUCUGCUCCAGCGCCUACCGCUCCCAUGGCAACUUUAAACCAGCCACCCCCGUUACUUCGUCCAGCGCUUCCUGCUGCUCCUGCUCUCCACCGUCAGCCUCCGCCACUUCAACAGCAGGCGCGGUUUAUUCAGCCAAGGCCGACUCUCAAUCAGCCUCCCCCACCACUCAUCCGCCCAGCUAAUUCCAUGCCUCCUCGUCUAAACCCAAGGCCAGUGUUGACCACGGUUAGCGGCCAGCAGCCACCCUCGCUUAUCGGAAUUCAGACAGAAUCUCAGUCCACUCUGCACUGAAGAAAUAAAGCAGAAUUAUGCUAACUCCUACAUUUGAAAAAUUGUAUCAAUGUACUUUUUUUUUUUUUCUUUUUCCAAAUAAUGAAGGGGAGAAAAGAGCAAGCCUUCACAGAUAUCAGACCAGUUUUACAGAGGAGCAAGCUAAUAACUAGAAAUGGAACCACGUGAAUGACCACCUGUAUAAAAAU